AAAGAGCACUCAGUCUCUGCACUUCUCUUCAUUUCCCGCUCCAACAUGUUGGCAGGAGGAGAAAGAGGAGGAUGCUGCGCUCUACCCUUGGUGCGUUUUUGCCACCUCUCCGGCCAGCGCACGCUUCCUCUGACUCAGCCUCAGCUCUCAGUUGUCUCCGCCUGAAGGAAUUAGGAGAGGAGGUGGAGAAGGAACCGAAGGAUACUUCGGACAUCAGGAGCUCUUAUAGCAGGGUCCCCAACAGGAACAACAGCAGCAGGAGAGCCGAGCAGAGCAACUGCUCCUCACCAGUGUUGGAAACUAGUAAUAGCUCAGCAGUGACCACCUCGGCUGGUUUCCCUCCCUCCUCCUCGGCUCCAAGAUCCAUGUGGCAAGAAGCAAUAAGGAGGAAGCGGUAUCUCCUGGACCGGGGAGGGCAGUCUGGUGAAGGGGAUAGAGGGGGAGGUCAGGAGAAGAGGAACAGGUCCCCCGACUGGCUGUACGAGUCCUACUAUUGUAUGAGCCAGCAGCAUCCCCUGAUUGUGUUCCUGCUACUCAUAGUGAUGGGAGCCUGCCUGGCUCUGCUGACUGUGUUCUUUGCUUCAGGACUGAGCGUUGAGGACCAUGUGGCCUUUGUAAUCACUGUGCCCACAGCUCUGGCCAUCUUCCUGGCUGUGUUUGUUCUUGUCUGCAUUGAGUCCAUCUUCAAGAAACUUCUACGGAUUUUCUCCCUGGUCAUUUGGGCCUGCUUGGUUGCCAUGGGUUACCUUUUUAUGUUUUCUGGUGGGAUCAUCUGUCCGUGGGAUCAGGUGUCGUUCUUCCUGUUCAUUGUGUUCGUGGUUUACACUAUGCUGCCGUUCUCCAUGCGGGACGCCAUCAUCGCCAGUGUCCUGACCUCCGCCUCUCACACCAUUGUGUUGAGCGUCUGCCUGUCCACUACAGCUGAUCACAUGGAACCGGUGGUGUGGCAGAUUUUGGCCAAUAUCAUAAUUUUCUUGUGUGGAAACAUGGCAGGGGCGUACCACAAGCAUCUGAUGGAGUUGGCACUAAAACAGACUUAUCAGGACACCUGCAACUGCAUCAAGUCCCCAAUAAAACUGGAGUUUGAGAAGAGACAACAGGAGCGUCUCCUGUUGUCACUGCUGCCAGCUCACAUUGCCCGUGUGAUGAAAGCUGAGAUCAUCCAGAGACUGAAGGGACCAAACUUUGGCCAGAUGGAGAACACAAACAAUUUUCACAACCUUUAUGUGCAGAGGCACACAAACGUUAGUAUACUGUAUGCUGAUAUAGUUGGUUUCACGCGGCUGGCCAGUGACUGUUCACCUGGAGAGCUGGUGCACAUGCUGAAUGAGUUGUUUGGCAAAUUCGAUCAAAUUGCAAAGGAGAAUGAAUGUAUGCGGAUCAAAAUCCUUGGCGACUGUUACUACUGUGUGUCCGGGCUGCCAGAGUCUUUACCAAACCAUGCGAAGAACUGUGUGAAAAUGGGUCUGGACAUGUGCGAGGCCAUCAAGAAAGUGAGAGAUGCCACAGGGGUUGACAUCAACAUGCGUGUUGGUGUGCACUCAGGGAAUGUCCUGUGUGGUGUGAUUGGACUUCAGAAGUGGCAGUAUGAUGUUUGGUCACAUGAUGUCACAUUGGCCAAUCACAUGGAGGCAGGAGGUGUACCAGGACGAGUCCACAUCACUUCAGUGACACUGGAGCACCUAAAUGGUUCCUAUAAGGUGGAAGAUGGGGAUGGACAGGAAAGGGACCCCUACCUAAAGGAACAUGGAGUCAUCACUUAUUUAGUCAUAAACCCAAAGGUGGAGCGCCGGAGCCCAGAGCACCAUCACCGUCCCAGACACACUGUGUACGGAGCAAAGAUGAGGGCCUCAGUCAGGAUGACCCGCUACCUGGAGUCGUGGGGAGCAGCCAAGCCCUUUGCCAACAUGCACCACAGAGACAGCAUGACUAAUGAGAACGGGAAGAUCAACACUGCUGAUGUGCCGAUGGGGCAGUAUCAAUUCCAGAGGAGAUCAGAAAGGACAAAGUCUCAGAAGAAAAGAUUUGAGGAGGAAUUUAACGAGAGGAUGAUAAGGACCUUUGAUGGGAUAAAUUCACAAAAACAGUGGCUAAAGUCUGAGGACAUCCAAAGAAUAUCGUUAUUCUUUCACAACAAAACCUUGGAGAAGGAGUACAGAGCAACAACCUUGCCUGCCUUUAAAUACUACGUCACCUGCGCCUGCUUGAUCUUUUUCUGCAUUUUCAUUGUGCAGAUUCUCGUCCUUCCAAAAACACCUAUCUUGGGAAUAUCCUUUGGAAUGGCUUUUCUUGUCCUUUCCUUAAUCAUCUUCAUUUGUUUCAUCGGGCACUUUAUGCACUGCAGUAAAAGUGCCUCUACUUCUUGGACGUGGCUGCUGCGGUCAUCAGUCAUUAUUGCCAACAAGCCAUGGCCCCGCAUCACUCUCACCAUGACAACCACGGCUCUAAUACUCAUAAUGGCAGUCUUCAACAUGUUCUUUUUGGAAGACAGUGUGUUGGCUGAAGUUCCUGUUUACAAUUCAUCCAAUGAAACGCUGUUUUACCCAAACGGACAAUUGACCGACAAAAACAAUUUCUACCUUCCUUAUUUAAUUUACAGCUGCAUCCUGGGCCUCAUCUCCUGCUCAGUAUUCCUGAGGAUAAACUAUGAGCUGAAGAUGAUAAUUAUGCUGACGGCUGUCGUUGUUUACAACAUCAUCAUUCUGCAAACACACGCGUCCCUGCUGGAUGAGUAUAGCAGAUUCCUGUACAGGACUGAGAGUCUGGACAGACCAGGCGUUCUCAAAGACCUGAAGAAGAUGGGCUCUAUCUCCCUCUUUAUCUUCUUCAUCACUCUGCUCGUACUUGCCAGACAGAAUGAAUAUUACUGUAGGUUAGACUUUCUGUGGAAGAACAAGUUCAAGAAAGAGUGCGAGGAGAUUGAAACCAUGGAGAACCUCAACCGGGUUUUGCUGGAAAACGUGCUGCCGGCACACGUGGCAGAGCACUUCCUGGCACGCAACUGGAAGAAUGAGGAUCUGUACCACCAGUCCUACGACCUGGUGUGUGUCAUGUUCGCCUCCAUCCCAGACUUUAAAGAGUUCUACACAGAGUCUGACGUCAACAAAGAAGGAUUAGAGUGCCUCCGGCUCCUCAAUGAAAUCAUUGCUGAUUUUGACGAGCUGCUGUCCAAACCUAAAUUCAGCGGUGUGGAAAAGAUCAAGACCAUCGGCAGCACUUACAUGGCUGCUACUGGCCUCAAUGCAUCACCUGGGCCUGAGUACACGUCACAGGAGCACGACAGGCAGUACAUGCACAUUGGGACCAUGGUAGAGUUUGCGUUUGCGUUGGUGGGGAAACUGGACGUUAUCAACAGACACUCCUUCAACGACUUCAGACUCAGAGUUGGUAUUAACCACGGCCCGGUGAUCGCUGGAGUCAUUGGAGCCCAGAAACCUCAGUAUGAUAUUUGGGGGAACGCAGUGAAUGUAGCCAGCAGAAUGGACAGCACGGGGGUCCUGGGGAAAAUACAGGUGACUGAAGAGACGAGUCGAAUCCUCCUGACCCUCGGCUACAUGUGCUCUUGUAGAGGCAUCAUCAACGUCAAGGGCAAAGGGGAGCUCAAGACCUACUUCGUGCACACAGAGAUGACCCGCUCACUGUCGCAGGGGAAUGUAACGGCAUGAGACGGUUAAAGGAAAUGUGGAAUUUACACUGACGCAGAGCACAGAAGUUCAGGUUUGAUCUUCUCGAUGCUGCUUUGACAGAAACGACGUGUGUGUGAGGUGCAGAGGAAUCCGAUGGACGCUACAAGGAGGGAAAAGAACUGAUUUUAACGUUGUUUUACAAGUUAGCAAUGGCACAGCUGUAGUAUACAUUUGUCACUUAUGUAACUGUAAGUGUAGCACGUGCAGCAGGUCGGCAUCAACCCCCUGGAAGUAUUGUGUCAAUUGAAUGUUGGAUCCAAACAAAGACCAGUCGAGAGUCUGAAAUGGGUUUUUUUUCAGCCUGGUGCAUCAAAAACAAUCCAGCUUCUGGUCAUUUUACAGGACGUGGUACGAAAUGAUGUAAACUCUGACGAAGAGAAACAAAGUGCACGGCAACAAUGUUCACAUUAAGGCCUCUCGAAGACGUCCGUGUUCCCCCAAAGUAACCGAAACUUUACCAGGAGAUACAUGGGAGAUCUCCUGUUAAAAUCACAGCAAAGGAGAAACAAUAGAAGGGAAAAGUGCACCUUCGUCAAAGAGAAAACCAACAGCCAUCAAUGAGACACUAUGUGUACAUAACUCCAUCAACCUUUUCAGAAGCACGAAGUCUUGGAUGUAUUUUACAGGUGGUCAAGGACCAUAUAAAAACACACUCUGAAAAAAAAGGAUCUAUGAAUAUAUUGUGAUAUUCAUGUAGGGCAACUGAAAAUAGAAGACGUCUUAUUGGCAGAGGUCAGAAUCAUCAGCGGCUUCUGAAAACCCAACAUCUGCAGUUUGUUGCUGUUCAGACGAGUGGAUCAGAUCUGAGGGUGUAAGAUGCAGGUUGGAGUAAAGACACAGUAACAGAGGGAUGAAGAAGAUUUCAGUGUCUUUCAUUUAGUUAAACCCGAGCCGGAUCCGUGCACAGGGUAACUCUAAAGUGUGUGAGCGGUGGUUUUUGUAAGAAAAGGAAAUAUUACAAAAAAAGUGUUUUGGUGUUUUGAUGAUGCCGUUGUUUUUUUUUUGUAAAAACCCUAAUUAAAGUUUCUAUGUAUUUCA